CUCGUCGUUUUCUCUGUUCCAGGUUUCGAAGCCGUUUCUCUGCCCGAGUUAGCUGUCGCCCAGCCUCAUUUCUUUCUCUGUGUACUUUGCGAGGAAGUUUUGGAGCAUCGGCUCACAGCCUCUGGGUGAAAUUUGGCUUUCAUUCAUGAGUGAGGAAUUAUUCUUGACAAAAGUACUUUAAAAGAAAAAUCUUCAUGAUGGCCUCAGCCGUUCUUAGUUCUGUUCCCACUACAGCGUCUCGUUUCGCCCUGUUACAAGUGGAUAGUGGCAGUGGUUCUGAUUCAGAGCCUGGAAAAGGCAAAGGUCGGAAUACUGGGAAGUCUCAAUCUUUGGGAAGCAAAUCAACUACAAAUGAGAAGAAAAGAGAGAAGAGAAGAAAAAAGAAAGAACAGCAACAGAGUGAAGCAAAUGAGCUCAGGAAUCUUGCUUUUAAGAAAAUUCCCCAGAAAUCCUCACAUGCCAUUUGUAACACUCAACAUGAGCUUUCAUUGUCAAACCCAGCACAGAAGGAUUCACGAGAAGAAAACUGGCAGGAAUGGAGACAAAGAGAUGAGCAGUUGACAUCUGAAAUGUUUGAAGCAGAUCUUGAGAAGGCAUUGUUGCUAAGUAAAUUAGAAUAUGAAGAGCACAAAAAGGAGUAUGAAAAUGCUGAAAAUGCUUCAACUCAGUCAAAAGUUGUGAAUAAAAAAGAUAAAAGAAAGAAUCAUCAGGGAAGAGACAAACCUGUCACAGUAUCACUAAAAGAUUUUCAAUCUGAAGAUCAUAUUAGUAAAAAGACUGAGGAAAUGAGUUCUUCUCAGACUUUAUCACAUGAUGGAGGAUUCUUCAAUAGACUGGAAGAUGAUGUUCAUAAAAUUCUUACUAGAGAAAAAAGAAGAGAACAGCUUACAGAAUAUAAUGGAACAGAUAAUUGUACAGCUCAUGAACACAACCAGGAAGUAGUUCUGAAAGAUGGAAGAAUUGAAAGACUAAAGUUGGAACUUGAAAGGAAAGAUGCAGAAAUCCAGAAGCUGAAAAAUGUAAUUACCGAGUGGGAGAAGUAAAGGCACGAAAUGCACAGUUAUUGAAAAUGCUUCAGGAAGGUGAAAUGAAAGACAAAGCAGAAAUACUUCUGCAAGUUGAUGAAUCACAGAGUAUCAAGAAUGAGCUAACUAUACAGGUGACUUCACUUCAUGCUGCAUUAGAACAAGAAAGAUCUAAAGUAAAAGUAUUACAAGCAGAAUUAGCCAAAUACCAGGGUGGCAGAAAAGGGAAAAGAAACUCUGAAUCUGACCAGUGUAGGUGAUUACUUUAGCCUUUGAAGUCAACACAAAAAUGAAAACUUUCAGGGUUUUGCAAAAAUGUAUAUAUUUAAUGCCGUAUAACUGCUGAACUAUGCAGUUUUUGUUGAAGGAACUAAAAGCACCUAGCUCACUAACAGUCUAUAAUUUUAUGUUCUUUUGGCUUAAAGUGAAAAGAAGAAAUAGAGAAUUCCAGCAGAACUCAAUGUUUAUUAUUGUUUCCUAUCCAUACUUACCACUUUAGUUUUUCAUCAUUCAAUAAAAUUAAUUUACUCUUC